AUGGAGGCUAAAGCGCAGGAAGCUGAGCUCGCCGUGGAUAAAGCCUCGACUAGGGAAGCCGCCCUGGAGAACGCCAUCCUCGCUGCGGAGUUGUACAUGGCAGCUACCAAGCAUGCAAGCAGUAACCUUGAGCGAGCACGGCUUCGGACCAAGUGCCAGGAGCUCACUUCGCGGGCCGAGAGCAUAAAGAAAUCGGUUUCUUCCUCUUCCUCUCCCUCUUGGGCCCCUAUCCAGAGCAAAGAGGUCGCGCUGAAAGCGCCCGUAUCACAGCGAGCACUUUCGAAGCGCGAGGAGAUUAUUCUGCUUGAAGGCUCCAAACUUCAUGGCUUCAUCUUUCCCCAGUGGACCUCUGACCCCGAUGAUACACUUUUCGCAUUAGACGAGAAUGAUCGAUUAGCUUACACUGAACCUGCUGAUCUGGAGCUCUCUGAUGCCCAGAGAGAGAUCUUCGCUGGCUGGCGCAGGCCUCAAGACCCUGAGUAUGGGCGCUUAAAGUCGCUUGAGUCCAAAAUCGGUGGCGGUGAGACUGACAUGGUGGUGUCAGACGACAUUGACCUAGUGCAAGAUAUUACAACCGAUUGCUCAGUUGUAGCCAGCCUCUGUGCGGGGGUUGCCCGUGCUAAUAAAGGCCAUGGCAAGCUCCUUGCUUCCAUGCUUUUCCCUUACGACCAUGACAAGGCUAGGCCUCUAGUGUCCAAAUCUGGCAAAUAUAUUUUUCGACUACAUUUCAACGGCUGUUUCAGGAAAGUAGUUAUAGACGAUCGCCUCCCAGCCUCUAAUAUAUCUCGAAGUCUCCAUGUCAUCGAUCGUAAUAACCCCCAACUACUCUGGCCAGCACUGGUGGAGAAAGCCUACUUGAAAGUCCGCGGUGGAUAUGACUUUCCAGGUUCAAAUUCGGGCACAGAUCUUUGGAUCUUGACUGGAUGGAUACCAGAACAGAUCUUUUUGCAGAGUGACGAUUUGCAACCUGAUCAGUCGUGGAAUAGGGUUUAUAAAUCAUUUGGAUUUGGAGAUGUCAUGAUUACAUUGGGGACGGGCAAAUUGACCAAACGAGAGGAGAAAGAGCUCGGCCUAGUUGGCGAACAUGACUAUGCAGUACUAGACAUGAAGGAAAUUGGCUCACAGCAUUUGAUGCUAGUGAAAAAUCCCUGGUGUGACGGAGUGGUAUGGAAGGGAUCAAAUCCUACCUCUGAAGAAUCAUCUAGCGGAGGAUGGGCGGAAGAUAUUCGUGGGGCACUUCCAAAUCAGCUGGUGACUGCACCGGGCACUUUCUGGAUGAGUUACGAAGAUAUAGCUCAGCACUUCGAGUCGCUUUACUUGAACUGGAAUCCAGGGCUAUUUCGAAAUCGCCAAGAUUUCCACUUCUCAUGGACCAUUCCGGAAAUACGAAGUCCAGGCUCAUUUACCCACAACCCCCAAUACUCUCUUUCAACGGCGGGCAAAGGAACCGUGUGGAUCUUACUCUGCCGCCAUUUCGUUACAGGAGAGCAGGACAUAGUGAAGACCGUCCCAAAUAAACUCUCCGAUGCAUCCAGGACGCUUGGAUUCAUUAGCUUGUAUGUCUUCGAAGGGGAUGGUCGUAGAGUCUACCUCAGCGAUGAUGCAGUGCAUCGGGGAGCUUUUGUCGACUCCCCACAAACCCUGGCCCGUUUAGAGCUGACUCCGUCCACGUCCUACACUGUUGUGGUUGCUCAACACGGCCUACCAUUACCAAAAUAUUCGUUCACACUCUCUUUCUUUUCGAGGUCACCACUAACAGUUGAUCCCGCGCUGGAUAGACUCUCUCACUGCUCUACCCAUAGAGGAGCGUGGACAGUCCGGACCGCAGGUGGAAAUGCAAGCGCGCCAUCGUAUCCAACCAACCCACAAUUCAGCAUCUCCGUUCCAGCAGCGACAAAUAUCCUGCUUAUAUUGGAGACAGACCAAGAAGAACUCGCUGUCCAUGUCAAGAUGGUUUGGGCAGGUGGACAACGCGUGACAUCUUUGACAGCAAAAGAUAUUGUGGGUGAAUCAGGGGACUAUCGGCGAGGCUGCGCUCUCCUCUCCCUUUCAAAUGUCGCUGCGGGCAAAUACACUAUAGUAUGCUCAACAUUUGAAGCAGGACAGAAGGGCAACUUUACUUUACGCGUUGGAUCUAUGGUUCCGUGCUUGGUGGAACCUGUUCUAGCUGAGACGGCUGGGAAGCUGAGCCUGCGUUUACCUUUACUGGUCUUCGAUGAAGGUGUUGACAGGGUGUUGGCACCACUUACGACCUCGCGGGUCACAAGGUUGAGAGUUGUGGCACGGUGUGGAUCUGGCCGUAAUGCUAUUCAAUCCUCAAGAUCGAGGCCCUUGCUAAAGCUGUCCCUGGAAAGAUCCCAGGGGCCUAAUAAGACAAUUCUUGACGUUUCCGGAAGUGGCGAGUUCAGCGAUGCUCCCAUGGGGGUCAGAACAGCGGACGUGGACUUGAGCCCGGGAAUCAGCAUUCCAGGAGGGUUUUGGAUUGUUGUUGAACGUCUGGGUGGAAGACACGGCUUUGACGAGGUCGAGGUCGAGGUUCUAAGCGACAACCCCGUGAAUGUUGGCCUAUGGGGAAGAGGAGACGGUUGA